AGAAUUCGACGAUCAGGAGCAAGCCAUGCCGUGGGCUUCCCUGUUCGAUUACAGUGGACUAUGCUUCCUGUGGUUCAACACCGGCGGCUGGAGGGAUGGAGAGGUGACGUACCACGUAGGAUUAGAGGGUAAGAAGGCGUUUCUCGAGAAGCUUCGAACUCGGCUGGCGAAACAACGUCAGCAGAAGCUAGAGACCAGCGGCAAUUUGGAUCAGUCUAGCUGCUAGGCCAUCCAUGGUUUGCGGCUAGCGAUAGUCUAGUACAUGUAGUAUCGUGUGGCGAACACUGUCACAGGUCAUUGCAUCCCUGAAUAAGAUACUCAGAAAGAGU